AUGGCUCAAUCCGAGCUCGAAUCCAUCGCCUUCUCUUCCCCGUCAUCCACAACUUCCUCUCUUCCUUCGGCGAUGUCGACUGAGGGCUACACGCACGACGACCUUUUCUACUUCCACUCGGUCGUAUUUCUGGCUGGUACUAAACUUUUCAAAGUCCCUCGCGCCUCCCCGAACCCCGUCCGUCUCGAGGCGGACGUGACUGCCGCGGACUUCCGUAGUCUCUUGAAGGCCACGUUCCCACCGCCGGGAAAGUUAGCCGCGGCUCUCACUCUCGACGAGUGGAUGGGCGUGCUCAAGCUGGCGAAGAAAUGGAAUCUCGAGAGCAUGAAGGACAAGGCUGUCGACGGAGCUGAUGAGGAGAUACAGAGCAUGCCCGUAAUCGACAAGAUCCUCUUCGCCCAGAAGUAUGGCGUCGACAAGUGGCUGAAAGAGGGCUAUUGCUCUCUUGCACGUCGCGAAGAUCCCAUUACGCCAGAGGAGCGGGUGAAGCUCGGCUGGGAAACGUAUGGACGCCUCAUGAACGUUCGCGAGCAAGGUCGCCUAUCUUCCCUAGACAGUCCCCUUCCACACGAACAGACCCUGGAGCCUUGCAAGGCGUGCGGCCACAGUCAUGUUCCGUUCUGUAAUGCAAACACGAACGGCAAGGUGAACGGCGACAUGCGACAAUGCUCUUGGUGUAGCGGCGCUUUUCAUUCCAUCGGCUGCAGCACAGGUAUAUGGAAGAACCGCAUGCUUGAUCGUUGGGCUACUGUCGACUUUGAAGUAGCUGUUGAGAAGGAGUUCGGAGGGUUAUGA